UAUAUAAAAUAUAGAUUAAACUCUAAAUUUUAUUUAACUUCUUGUUAACUCUACUUUAUAAAAAAGAUUAGUUGUAAAGUAAAAACAAUCAUACCAUUUAUUUAAAAAGUUUAAAUGUAUAUUACAUAUCUAUAUAUUUAUAUUUACAAAUUUUUUAGCGAAAAUAACUGUAUAAUAAAUCUUGUCCUACUUUAUCUAUUAAACACGUAAUUUUUUUUUAAUUAGAUGAUUUGACUCUUUUUUUUCAAAUAUUCAUUGAAUUUCUUUUACGGAAAUAUGUGAAUGAUAUUAUGUAUAGAUGUAUAAUAUAUGAAUAUCACUGUAGUGAAGCAAAUCAGUUAAGAACGUAAGCAGUAGCAAAUUCAAACUGUCGAUUUUUAUAGCCUUAAAUUCAAAACUGCGCGGAUCAGUCAACCCAAAACUGAAAUAGUGAAGACAUCUUGUGGAACAUUCGUUAGAUUUUGAGUACUCUCGCAAACUGUGAAUCUUGUUCAGAUUAAUAUUUAAACGUCUCCAUAUUAUCCACAACAGAUACAAAUUCGGUCAUCAUUGGAAAACGGCAAGUUACGUUAUUCAGAGAGCGAAAAGGAACCCGAACGUAAUGAACGGCAGUCGAUGGUACAGAACCUGACCAACGUGUCCGCGAUCAAUACAAGCUUCAGAGGGAAGUACUACCAUCUCUUCCCGGUACCUAGAAGCUCGUCAUGAAAAUGAUAUCCGCGGUAUUUGCGCUAUAUUAUACGCUCUGAAUUUGUUUGAUCAAUAACAAAAUUAAAUACCUUCAGUCGUCCAUAUUGGCAAUCACAGAAUGCCAGAAACGUAAUCGCGGCUGAAUUAAUAUUAAAAAAAAUCAGUGUGCGUCAGUUCUACCAAACUCAUCGAUCUAUUACGCACGUGAACAAAAUUGUUAAAAAUGUCUCAUCCAUCAAAAGUGAAGCAAUCCAAACAUCGUUAUUUAAUGCAAAAGCUACGCACUGCCGAGAAAACGAAAUGGGAACGUCCUUUCCCUAAAUCGAAGGAAUAUUGGAAGAAGUUUUGUGACGAUGAAGAAAAAAGGUUGAUUAGAGUAAGAAAUUCCUUUCCGAAAUCAUCCUACCUUCCUAUCAUUCCUAUUUUGCGCGAUUUUGAAACGAGUCUUCGUGAUAUCAUAGAUUUUAACGAUUCUUACGUUCUUCAAGGCUUCAAGGAUGAGAACGUACUUCUCGUAGAUUCGAAAUCCUCCGAAACGCCAUUAGAUGUUUCUUCAAGAAGGCGCAACGAAAGUGUUCUCUCGAACGCAAAAGAGCCGAUGGUCAAAAUAUAUCCUCCCACGCCAUUAAAGAAACCGCCGAAAAAUGACGCAGUUACGAACGUUAGGACGAACGCGGGAGGACAACACGUGUCUUUUGCCAUUCAGAAUAAAUCUACGAUCAAAAAAGUGGAUUCGUAUAAAGAAUCAGAGUCCCUUGAUGUUCCUUUCAAAAAUUCUAUCAUACCACAUGACGGAUCGGGAGAUGGGAGGGUGUAUUCAAAGAAGACGUGUCCCUUUCACAGGUACGAACCCGAGGUGAAAAUUUUCGACGACGAUAUCGAGAGAUAUUUGACGGAAGAGCCGACAGCAAGCGUGUCGUCGGGGGAAAAAUUGAACAAAUUGCCGCAUUUCCCAGAUGCAUCUAAAUAUGACAAAGAUCAGAACAGAGCAACUUCUAUCAAGAGCAAGAAGAUCAAAAGGAUUACUGUUCCGCCAAAGAAAUUGGAGAAUUAUCCGGAUAAUACAAUUGAUUUAGCUGCAAGUAAAAUUGUAGAAGCUAAAUCUGAAGAUAAGAAUAAAAUACUAGAUAAACAGUACAAUUUAAGAACUGACGUUCGAACAUCAAAAUUAAAAUUCAAUUUCAACGGAAAAAAAUCGGCGAAAAAAAGAACCUCUAUGAAAACUGCAUCAUCGUUUUUAAAAUCAUUUCAGUCCCAAAAUAGAGUUAAAGCAAUAUCCGAUAAGGUAAUAAAUAAAUCCAAUUUGCAGACACCUGAAAUUCGGGAAAAGUUAAUCAAUAAAUCAGACUGACAAAGUACGAUACCUCAUCAUCCUCAAAUGCAAUUGGA